UCCACUUCCACCUCCACCUCACCACCCACAAGUUCACAGGUCGGGGAGUGAGUGCCCGCACAGAAAUGAAAGUGAAAGAGAAACGGGGGGAGAGAGAGAGAGAGAGAGAGAGAAUGCGGGAGUGGGUGGUGAAGGUGCGGUGAAGAUUGUGGGGUAUCUCUCACUACACAUACGCCGAACCAGGAAGAGCCCCUUGCCCCAUGAUGGGCUCCCAGGAGCAGCUGAAGAUCGACGUGCUACUACUGCUGUUUCAGCAGCCAGCCGGCCUGCCUAUCGCCAGCCUCCCAUACCAGUUCCUGCUCUUCCAUGGCCGCCAGCUUGACCUGCAGGCCCAUGGCUACCCCUCACUCGAUGCGUUGCUCACUGACAUGUCCAGCAUGGUGGAGUUGAGGAGCGUUGGCAGUGGUGGCGUGCCCUACAGCCUCAGGCUCCUGCUCCGUGUCCCAGGCCAGGUGGAGGAGCCCCACCGACCACAGGCCCUGGCUCCGGCCUCCAAGCAACCCCAGCCUUGGCUUCUCAGUGUCCCAGUAAUCCAGCGGUGGCCCCGCUUUCCCCACUAUGUCCCUGUCCAGCCUCUCCGCUGGGCCCCGCCAACCAGGAGGGCAGGUUCAGCUGCAGCUGCAGCUCCAGUGAGGCCAUUAAUGAAGCAGAAGGAGGAAGCAGGAAAACCCAGCAGCACAGAUCACAGCCCUGUGGUUCCGGGCAAGGAGGCAGCCCCCAUGGCCAAUGGGGAGAGGGAGAUUCCAAUGACCUACAGCGAGGUACUGAAGUCAGGAGGGCUAGCUGGAGGCAGGAGCCUGGUAGGGUGCAAGCCCAAGAUCAGGCCAGGGCUUCAGGCCUACAAAGCAGGUGAUCCAGCAGCCCAAAGCCAAGACAGGAGUUCAGCCAGCAGGAGAGCAGAGGAGCAGAAGGUGUGCCCAAGAGGUUUGUUACCGGAUUGUCCUGUUAAGGAAUGGCUGUUAUCAGUGCUGAAGACUCGGGGAUACCGUGACGGCCUCUAUACCCGUAAGCUGGCCAGUCUCUGCCUCAAACAGCAGUGCAUGGAGCUCUCGGCUUUCCUUUCUGAGAAUCGCUACGGCUCGCUUGACGAGCUGCUCUCCUGUGUCCCAGAGGUGGAGAUGGUGCCGGGUUGCGUUCAUCACGGUGACUAUGUAAUCCGUCUGCGGGCCGGUACCAAAUUGGAUGGGGGAGCUGACCCUGGUAGGGGGCCAUCACUCACCAAGGAUAGCCCCUCGGCCCAUCUGCAUCAUGCUGAACCAGAUUCCUCAUUUCCACAGCCAGCUGCAUCCCCAGAAGUCACUGAGAGCAUCCCGGAGAGAGUGUCCCUGCUCCUGGCACGAUACCCAGAGGGUCUCAGCACCUUCCAGCUGCGUCAGGCAUACCGAGAGACCUAUCAGCGGGGCCUGGCUGUGGAAGGGCAUCCCAGCCUCAGCACCCUGCUGGCAGCCAUGGGCAGUACUGUGUCUAUCCGCGGUCUGGGGGUCCAGGCUCGCCUCUUCCCACGUGGAGCACCUGGAUGCAGUAUGCUUGCCGAGCCUGAGACCACUCCACGCCAGCGAGAUGGUGAUGGGAAGUCCAUGGGGAACGGGCAAUUGGCCGCAGAGCUGCCAGAGUGGACCGUCACCGAGACGGGAUUCUAUGCCUCGGUGGGCUUGUCCCCCUGACCAUUGUGAUCAGUCUUCCCCACUGCCAAGGGAGACAGACAACAGGAAUAUCCGGGUCAUAUAGAACAGAAGUUAUGAUGCACCAAGUGUUUUGAGUGACACUGUAGCCUAUCGGUUAGCGUACUAGUACUUCAGCGACAGUGCGACAGUGACCUGGGUUUACUUCCUGCUGUUAGCUGAACGUGCUCCCUGUGACCACAUGGCUUUUGUCUGGAUGCUCUGCGUUUUUCCCACAUUUCAAAGACGUAGACUAAUUGGUCACAUAGAUUAAUUCAGCUGUGUGGGCUUGUUACUGUGCUGUAUCUCUAAAUUUAAAAAAAUUAUCCAGUUAAAGUCAUGUUAACAAGUGCUUUUUAAUCUACCGACGUAAUGGCCCGUUAAAAUUUCUUCACACCUCGGUGCUAAAUUCUGUCAUGUUGUGAUCACUCUUCUCCGAGGCUGGGUGAUCAUCGGAUCAUAGAGUCAGAGAGCAGGGCCUCCAAAUGGAACCCAACAUGUGCUUUGACGUUCAACGUCCUCCAGCUCUGCCUGUCCUUGUCCAUUCAGAAGGAUUCUUCAUUGCUGUUUCCAUAACAGUUUUGUUUUUUUUUUAGCCAGUUAGGGUUGUUAGCCCCGAGCUGAACUCUAAACCUGCAGGACUGGUGGACCACCUCAUCUGCUCUUUGACCUGUUUGGCAAGCCCUGACUCCAGCCAGCAGAGCUCGCCGGGUCACUGAGGCACACAGGUCUCCAAAUCACAACAAAGUCGUGGUCCUCUUGGAGGGUGCUGUUAAUGCUAGAGCGUAACUCAAUAUUUAUUAGGAAAUGUAGAGGAGGCUUGAUCCAAAAUCAUGAUUUAGCAAAAAACAAUAACUUUAAUAAGCAACCACAAAAUAACGAACUAUGAGAGGGCACCAAACGAAAGAGAACAGAGACUAAACAUAACAGGCAGCAAGGUGAACUUUAGGAAGGGAACUGAAGGCUGAAGCAACUAGUUGAGGCCAGCUGGCUGGAUGAGUGAACGAAGACUGUGGAAGAGAACGGGGGUUAAAUAGGCUGCCGGCGGUGAAUCUCGAACGAGCGGCAGGUGAAUCCUAUUAGCUGGGUGGAGACUGAGAGGUGUCUGUAUUUGCAUUGUUAAGUUCCAUCAAGUUAUGAUCGCCCUUCCCUUAAACUUGGGUUUUAACAAGGUUAUUAGAGUCCGCACCUGCUCUGCGCAGCCGAGCAAAUUUUCUGUAACCUCGCACCAUCAUGUCUGGUUAAAGUAUAACUUCAUGCUAAGUUCUUUCACAUUGUGAUCACUCUUCCUCCCCAAGGCCAGUUGAUAACAAGAUUAUUGUGGAGCCACAGAACAGGGCCUUCGGAACUCCAAGUGGGACCAAAUAUGUGUUUUGUAAUGUUGCAAAUGAAAGUAUUCUUAAAGUUAAGUUCUAUCAGGUUAUGACCAAGAGCAGAUUAUCAUGUGGUCCCAGAGUUGUUCACUGUGGAGGUGGGCCCUUUGCCAAAUCUGAUGCCCAUCAAAACCAAUCCAUGUGCCUGAAUUUGGCCCAUAGUCUAAACCUUUCAUAUCCCUGUACCUGUCCAAGUACCUUUCAAAUGUUGUUAAUGUACCAGCCUCAACCACUUCCUCUGGCAGCUCGUUCAUAGACGAACCACCCUCUGGGUGAAAAAGUUGCCCCUGGAGUCCAUAUUAAAUCCCCCCCCCCCCUCACCUGUUACCUUCAACCUCUGCCAUCUGGUUCUUGAUUGCCCAACCCUGGGGAGAAAGUCUGUGUACAUUCACCCUGUCUGUGCCCCUCAUGAUUUUAAACACCUCUGUGAGGUCACCCCUCAGUCACCUACACUCCAAGGAAAAAGGCCAAACCAGCCCACCCACUCUGUCCAUAUCUCCCAGCAACAUCCUCGUAAGUCUCCUCUACACUCUUUCCCUUCCACUGUGGGUAGUCCCACCCCAGUCCAGAUAUUGGUACAGACAGUCUUCACUGAAUUUGGGAUCACUGGGAGACCUUGAAUGACUCUAGCAUGCUGGUAGAGUGGCUGAGAUAUAUUGGGGGCAUUUCUGGGGUCUGUGCAUGUUGAUGGGGUGGUUAAGAAGGUGUAUAGUGUGUUGGCUUUCAUUAAUCGGGGGACUGAGUUUAAGAGCCACAAGGUAAUGUUGCAGCUCUGUAAAUCUCUGAUUAGACCAGACUCGGAGUGUUGUGUUCAGUUCUGGUUGCCUCAUUACAGGAAGGAUGUGGGAGCUUUGGAGAGGGUGCAGAGGAGAUUUACCAGGAUUAGAGAGCAUGUCCUAUGAGAAAAGGUUGAACAAGCCAGGGCUGUACUCUUUGGAGCAGAGGGGAAUAAGAGGUGACUUGAUGGAGGUGUACAAGAUGAUAAGAGGCAUAGAUUGAGUGGACAGCCAAAGACUUUAUCCCAGGGCAAAACAGCCAAUGCAGGAGGGCAUAAUUUUAAGGUGAUUAGAGGAAAAUACAGGGGGAUGUUAGAGGUAGUUUUUUUUUUUACACAGAGUGGUGAGUGUGCGGAACUCGCUGCCUGGGGUGGUGGUCGGGGCGGAACCCGCUGCCUGGGGUGGUGGUCGGGGAACUCGCUGCCUGGGGUGGUGGUCGGGCG